GGCAACUAUACCUGAACGAAAAUGGAUUACCCUCAAUACUAUUGAAGUUCUGGCUAUAGAGUAGCCUACUUCUAUGUCACAAUUAACUGUUGGAGAGUGUCAUUGAUUUUAUCUUAUUUAUGUUAAUCGAAUCGUGCUAUUUAAAUCUGUGAACUGUUGUGAAUAUCUGAGCUACAGCAGUUUAACGCUUAAACGUUAUGUCUAGCAUAAUUGUUUUAUAAACAAGUAUCAAUUACGGUUUAAUUACAAUUGAAAAAAGGACUUUAAUACCAGGAUACAAAUCAAGAACCUAGAACAACUUUACACCUGAAAAGAUGGGCUGUGGCCAGAGUUCUGCCAGUGUUCAAGACACACGGGCGAAUAAUACGAGAGAUUAUACCAAACAUAAUCAGGGGAACCAGGGAGGUAGCGGGGAUCAAGGCCAACAUGGCGGCAAUAAUGAUCGACACGUACAAAGCAAUGACCAAAACAAAUCCGGCGAUUCAGGCUUCAAUGAAAACUCCAAACCAGACGACAAAAAGACAACUGGCGGUAUCGGUCACACUUUGAGUAACGCCGACGAUGACGGAAAUGCAGAUAAUAAUGUUUACCAGAGCGGUGGUUUCAUGGUUAGCUUUGGGGGUGGUGGACAGCCGCGGAGAGACCAAAAUAAGACAGAAGAACCGAUUCCAGAACAAAGGGAACCGUCGCCCCCACCUCCAAAAGAACCGACUCCUCCCCCACCAAAGGAUCCAACACCUCCCCCGCCAAAGGAUCCAACACCUCCCCCGCCAAAGGAUCCAACCCCUCCUCCCCCUAAAAAUCCGACACCGCCACCACCGAGAGAUCCGACGCCGCCACCGCCGCCCACAGAACAGACUGAACAAAAUAUGCAAUGUAAGGUUCAAGACAAUUACACACAAGAACACAUACAUAGUGAGGUGUAUAUUUAUACGUGUUCGCCUUAUGAUUUCCGACAAAAUCCGGAAGAGAUGGACCGAAUUUUCUCCGAGCCACCGACGGAAAGUCCGUUCGUGGACCACGAUUUUGGACCUGAAGUGGCAAUUCAAGGCGAGUCAGUGGAGUGGAAAAGACCGGGUGAGGUACGGGACAACCCUGUUCUAUUCUCGGACGGUGUGACACGUUACGACAUAGGUCAAGGGUCUGCGGGUACAUGCUGGUUCCUUUCCAUGGUGGCGCUGCUAGCUGAUAAGCCCGAAGUUUUCCACAGGGUUGUACCGAAAGACGCUUGGAACCAAGAUGGAGGAUAUUUCCAUUGCUUUUUUUACAGAUUCGGUGAGUGGGAGGAUGUCUAUAUCGACGAUUUCUUACCCAUAAUCCAUGGUACUGAGUUUUGGGGAGCUAAAUCCAGCGAGGACAGAAAUGAGAUAUGGCCCGCAUUGCUAGAGAAGGCCUUUGCGAGGUUCCAUGGAAGCUACAAUAACGUGUACGGCGGACAGUCGGGAGACGCUUUUUUGGCGCUCACGGGUGGAUGUUCCGAGUACAUUGACUUUGACGAGGCGCUGGAGGCAGAUGCUGGAAGUUCCAAGAUGGCAAAGGCGCGCGAGGUCCACGAGCGUCUCCAGAACGCGAGCCGCCUCGGAGAGGGGAUGCUGGCGACGGAAGUUCCGGCGAAAUACGACAAGAAGCAUGGUCUAGUCGGAGGCCACGCCUACUCCCUCGUUGACGCUCAAACGGUUGAAGAUACCAACGGGAAUACCCAUCGUCUUGUCAGGAUUCGGAAUCCAUGGGGUAACACAGAAUGGAAUGGGCCCUGGUCUGACAAGGGCAAAGAAUGGAGCAUGCUGUCAGAAGGGACGCUUGAUUAUCGUGACAAGGACGACGGCGAAUUCUGGAUGAGUUUGAAAGAUUUCAUCACGUAUUUCUCCGGCGUGACAGUGUGUUCCUUUAUACCAGACUUUGAUAAGGACGGACAGUCGGACAGUCUUAACUACUGCACCCCUAUGUACGGGGCGUGGUGUGGCGAGAAUGCGGCUGGAUUUGAAAACCGGAUAGGGAAUCCUCGCUACCAGUUCCACAUAAGUGAUGAGGGGAUGGGCAGUGACGGUCUGGUUCCCCUUGUGGUACAGAUAUGUCAGAGGAUGGAGCACCGCAAGACGGACAAGGAGUCUAUACGCGUCGACCUGUACAAGUGUAUGGGGGAGACGUCCCAUGGAGGCUGUUGUCAGGCGGUGAUGGCGCUCCUUGGUGAUGUGAACAACGUCUACAAACAAGAACGUCAGAUGAGCGGCAGAUACAAGGUUGAGCCAGGGCACUACUGUGCGGUUCCAUCGACAAUAAACGCCGGCACAGAGAAGGAGUUCAUGAUCCGAGUGUUUUCUCCGAGUCCACUGCGAGAUGUCAGAGAAUUGGGACGGGAUUAUAUGAUGAUGGAGUGCGACAAUUUGGAGGAGAAAACCGAACACGAUAAGAUCAAAUUCACAGAGACACUGUUCGGUGCAUGGAAAGCCGGGUUCAAUGCGGGAGGCCAAGUGUCAAAUCGGGAUACAUUUGCCAGUAAUCCGCAAGUUUUCUUCGAGAUUCCGGACCAUGGAGGGAAAGAGGUGUUGACGAACCUGACGCUGAUGCAGGCUGCAAUGGGUGAAAUGUUUGCUAUCGGCAUCCAUGUAUUCCCAAUGGACCCAUCCGAAGACAUGAGUCCCAAAGACAUCGACUACCUCGACAAUAAAUACGAGUCCUGUUGCAGAUCAGAUGAAGGAGAAGACGGUGCCUUCGUCAUGGGUUCGUCUGCAGGCAUCACCUACUGUUUGCCCCCGGGUCGUUAUUUUGCUUUGCUGCAUACGGACGCUUCCGGACAGGAGAAACCAUUCUCGCUGAUCGUUCGAGCUUCCUCACAUAUUCAGCUACAGCCGUGUCAAAUGUCAAGAUGAACUGCGAUAACAAUAGCAAGUUUAAAUUCACAACAGACGACAGGUGUAAUCUUGUAGAUUAAGUAUAUUGAACAAAUGUUGGAAUGAUUGGAAUCACCCAUUCUUUACAAUGUGCAACACUUUGUUUGGUUCUUCGAAUUAUUACAAUAGCUAUGUACUUAUGAUAGCCAUCAUUAUGUAAGUAGUCAUUAUGUUAGUCAUCAUUUUGUAAAUUGUUUUACGAACAAGGUACGGAUUGGGUUGUAAGAUCGAAGAUCUGAUAGUACAGCAGAGCACGUUGGGCAGGUUGACACUGUACAUUGGAAUGGAGAAUAUUUUCUGAUUGAAGGAAGUGCCUAGUACACUAGAAUGGUCUUCUUUAAACCGAUAAGUUUGAUAACCGCAAUGAGUAAUUACUAUAUGGUAUUUAUUUAAAUAUCGACAGGUUGCAUAUAACAUAUACAAAAUUGCCUUUCCUGAAAAAAUACACAUUCAAUACAGGGAAUGAGAAUGCACAAAUGAAUAUUUUUAAGACCGGUACAUAUCCCAAUAGGUAAGAACUGUCUAAACUUGGUGCGCUUGCAACGAAACAUACAUAAUCUAUCUGGGUACGAAACUUUCAUUGUAAGAAGCGUCCAAGUUUCGCAUACGAAUACAUUAUACUUGUUAACCCAAAAAUUCACGUUUUAAUAUUAUCCUACCUGAGGCUGACCUUUUUUCCAAACUCAAAAUCGAGCUAUCCAUCACAAGUAUAUAUUUUUUUAUUUGUUUAGUUUGUAAACAUUUUUACAAUGUACCUUUAAGAUUUCAACGUGUAGUUCUUUCAUCCGUGUGAUGGAACUCCUCAAACAGCACCGGAGGCGAUUAUCAUAGAUGUGAAAAACCUUUGACAUAAAUUCACUGCAAGAUUGUUAUAAAUAACCGUUCAACUAUGACAGGUUUAGUACAGGACCACACUUAACGUUUUAAACGCCACACGAUUUGGGAAAGUGCGUAUUAGAAUCGAAGACUACCAUCCCCCAAAACAACUGAAUUUAGUCUGUCCCUUAAAAUUAUAUCGCAUUGAUAAUGUUAUCAUCCUUGAGGUCAGGUUUUCAUUUCAUGAUAACAGCUGGCCUUGUUGUAUGCAAUUUGAAAAUUAUUUUACAUGAAAGGCAAUAUAGUGUGUUUUAUUAUAUAUAUUCUCAAUCAUUUUAUAUAAGAUAAGGAUUAUAUGUGUAAUAGCUGUUACGAAUAAGACUUAUCCACUCUUGAUCAAAGCUGCAUCAUUUGUUCCCCAUUUGAAUUCGGAUAUUGUUUUAUUUCUGGUGAACAUAUGUACGUAUUUAUUCUCAGUAUUCAUAAUGAUUACAUUCUAAUCGUCCAUUUUAAAUCAAGUUUUUUUAUUGUGAUUCUCGGACUGUGAUAAAUAUUGAAACUGCUGAUCAUUAUUAUAAGCACUUGUUGUGUAUGUUUUUUGCAUUUUUCAAAACAUUUAGUCUGCACUUUAUCACCAUUUAAUUUAUGUAUUUAUGUAUGAUGUAUUAACUUUAUAUCAAGGACCAGCUGUAUAAAUUAAGUACUUUUUAUGGUUCAUUUAUGUUUUGUUUUGUUUGACAUACGUUGACUUGCUGCUUACGAAUAUAACUAUUUCUCACUAAACGUUAUGAUUUUUCUUGCAAGGACAAAAACAAAUGGAAUUACUUUUGCACUAUUUAAAUACCGGUGUCUAACAAAUGUUUUGGGUAUAAUACAUGCAUUUUUUCUCUACUCAUUUCCACGAUACCAACUAUAUAGGGGGUUGUCAUUCGAAAUUUAGAUAGAAAUAUAAGGGAUACCAUAAUUUAUCUGUCUCUAUAGUUAUAUAUAAGAAAUAUACAUUUUUGAACAUUUUAUUUACAUAUUUGUGAUAUACAUUACCUGAUGUGAUAUUUACGUAUACAUAUAUAUUUAAUUGACACUGUAUUUUUGUUGUGUUGCAAUACAAUGCGCAAAGAUCGAGACGCAUGCAUGCCGUUGUUUUCUACAUGCUCAUGUCUGUGCACCUUCAAUGCAAGACUAUCAAUCAAUGUUCACUUUAACUUCAUUACGAACAAUGACUGUUAGAGGAAUUUCGUUUGAACUAAAACAAGUAUAUGUAGAUAUUGUUGAUAAAUGUCCCAUCGUUCUUUA